AUGAGGGAGUUCAAAGUGGUCGUGUUGGGAUCGGGUGGUGUGGGCAAAUCAGCGCUCACCGUUCAAUUUGUGUCCGGCUCAUUCAUCGAAAAAUACGACCCAACCAUUGAAGAUUUCUAUCGAAAGGAAAUUGAGGUUGAUGGUCAACCAUGCGUUCUCGAAAUCUUGGAUACAGCGGGUACGGAGCAAUUCGCGUCGAUGAGAGAUUUAUAUAUUAAAAAUGGACAGGGUUUUGUCGUAGUCUACUCAAUAACAAGUCAACAAACUUUUCACGAUAUCAAAACGAUGAGGGAGCAAAUUAUCCGAGUUAAAGGAACCGAACAAGUACCCAUUCUUUUGGUUGGCAAUAAAUGCGAUUUAGCUCAUCAAAGACAGGUUCGAACAGAAGAGGGUUUGGCUUUGGCCGAAUAUUGGUCAUGUCCUUUCACCGAAUGUUCAGCAAAAAAUGCACAUAAUGUAAACGUCACAUUUGCUGAAAUUGAUGUUGCAGUAUACUUUAAGAGUUCAUUCGUUCUAUUCACCCUAUGGCGGCCUCCAUCUAAU